AUGACUCAUUUCGUUGGUGUUGAUUUUAAUUCAUUAUAUCCUUCAUCAUUUUCAUCUAAUCCUCAUGAUUUCAUUCAAUAUACUGACCAUAAAAUGUAUAUGCCGGGAAGAUUGAAUGGUGUUAUCAUUUGUGAUACAGCAACAAAGAAAGCAAAAGCAUUGGGAAUUAUUAGAAAGAAAAAUACUUUAUUCGUGGCUGAAGUAAAGGGUCACAUUGAUGAAAAAUACAUUAAUGAUUACAUAAACUUUUUACCGAUAAUAAGAAACUUAGAUAUUAUCACAGAUGAAAAAACAAUUGGUAGUUUUAUGUAUAAUUACAUGAAAUUAAACAAUCUACCAGUUGACCAGAAACAGAGGAAAUUAACUCAGUUAGCAUCAACACACAACCAAUAUCAACCAUUUUCUUCUUAUUAUCUUUGGUAUCUAAUAGACAGAUUUCAUUUUAUCAUCGAUGAUAUUCAAUCAAUUUUAACAUUUACGAAAAACACUUGUUUUAAUGAAUUUGCGAACAAAUUUAUGAACGAAAGACAAAAGGCUGAAUUAGAAGGAAAUAAAGGAAAAAGUUUAUUUUGCAAGAUUUCACUUAAUGGAUCAUAUGGUUACGAUGCAAUGAAUACGCAAAAUUACGCAAAGACUAAAAUAAUGAAUGCACAGAAGGCACGCGUUGCAUGUAUGUCAAAUAAGUUUAAAAACAUAAGAGAAAUAGGUGAGGAUACAUAUCAAGUGAUGCUUAAAGAUAGAUUUUAUAGAUGUGAUACAUGUUUACAAGAGGCAUUCUUCACUUUAGAUAACGCAAAAUACUGGUAUUUAGUUUUCAUUUAUGAUUUUAUGUAUAAAUGCAUGGAUGUUAAUCGUUUUCAUUUCAUCAGCUGGAUUUGUUGA